AUGACACCCGCGGGGUCGUACGCUCUCCGCGGCUCGCUGCCUCUACCUCUGUGCGCCGCUGCCGCCACCGCACCCCGCGCCCACCUCUUCACUGCUCCGCGGGCACUCUCGAGGACAAUUUCAAGCUCAAGUUUGAGCCUAAAUUCAAGUUUAAGAGCAAGGGCAAACCCAAAUCCCCUGCUGGCGAACGUGAACGUGAACGUGAGGGGUGCUGCACCUGCACGCUCACACUCACGCUCAAUCCUAGGCCGAACCAACGGCGGCGUUCGACAACUCAGCCACUCCUCUGCGCGGCUGAGGAAAGACGAUCCGUCAACGGGCGGACAGUUCAGUUUCCGCGGCAUGCCUGCGCCGCCGCGGCUGCCCAAGGAGGAGCAGGACGUGUUUGAGGCGCUGCAGCGGCAGUCGACGGGGGCAUUCUCAACGCCGCGUAUUAAUCAGUCGCCAGACUCGUCGUCUCCGACCGAGGGAGAUGCGGCCGCGGCCACCGUCGACGGCGUCAAGGACCAGACGAAACCUCAGGAAAAUCAAUAUACUCAUGUGAUUGACGCGAGCGGUGCAGGAGAGGAGUUACACCCCAACUUGGUGAGAGGGGCACAGCCCGAGUUUGAGGGCGACAGGAAUCCAAAGACGGGGGAGAUUGGAGGGCCUAAGAACGAGCCGCUGAGAUGGGGUCCCAGUGGAGAGUGGACGUAUAAUGGGCGAGCUACGGAUUUUUAG